AUGCCAUUGUGCUGCAGGUUGUGCUUUGGCUGGGAUUCUUCGGGCGGAGGGGGGACAACUCCUAUAAAGGCCGACAUCGUUGGUUCGGUGAGUUCAACCCCCCCUAAUAGCUUCACUCAUAAUCCUCUCAGCGGCCUCAACAUGGUCACAGUCAACCUCCGGGCGACAACUGUCGCAGCUGUACUAACUGUUCUAGCUGACCAAACGACGGCAACAUGCCCCUCCCGUUUCUCCUGGGAGAACAAUGUCUUGACCAAAGCGGCCGUCAACAGCACCAACAACGCAGAGCUCUUUGACUUUGGUCCCGUCGAGGGCACGCCGGCGAGCUCCAACAUCAUCGGUGGCAUCCCAAGACCGAGAUGCAAAACUUUCCCCGGAGAUCCCCUCUGGCCAUCCAACUCGGUGUGGAACCUCCUCAACCUGACGCUCGGGGGCGCGCUCAUCAAGACAGUUCCCCUCGCCGCUCCAUGCUACAGCGACUGGCCUCAGUACGACGCCGCUCAGUGUGAAUACGUCAAAACAAACUGGAACAGACCGCAGCUCCAUGUCGAGGACCCAACUUCGGCCAUGUUCCCGCUCUGGCAAGGGCAAACCUGUAUGCCCUUGGAUCAUCCCAGCCAGAUCUACGACAACUGCACCUUGGGAGGGUAUGCUUCCUAUUCCGUCGCCGUUACCAAGGUAUCCCAGAUUCAGCUGGCACUCAACUUUGCUCGCGCAACCAACAUCCGGCUGGUGGUGAAGAACACGGGUCAUGAUUUCGCCGACAAGUCUAUGGGUGCUGGUUCGCUGUCUGUCUGGACUCACAAGCUCAAAGAUAUCCAGUACAUUCCGGAUUACACCUGCAACGGACACUCGGGGCCAGCUCUCAAGCUCGGUUCCGGGGUAGAGACAGAGGAAGUCUACCAAGCUGCCGAGGCACACAACGUCACCGUCGUUGGCGGUGAGUGCAGAACUGUGGGCAUGGCGGGCGGGUAUAUCGCCGGAGGUGGCCACUCCCCCAUGUCUUCGCUUGUAGGUAUGGGUGCCGACCAAGUUCUCUCGCUUGACGUCGUACUUCCCAACGGUCGUUUCGUCACCGCCAGCCAAAGCUCGUACCCCGAUCUGUUCUGGGCUCUCCGAGGAGGCGGUGGCAGCACCUAUGGCGUGGUCACCUCGGUGACUGUCAAGGCCUACCCUCAGAUCCCCGUUUCGACUCUCGGCUUCGUCUUUGGCACCUCCUCCAAUGUCACAGCGGACACUUUCUGGGCUGGUGUGGAAGCAUACACAACCUAUUUCGACACCUUCACUGCGGUCGGCGCCUACGGGUACUGGCUCAUUGUGAAUAUUGGCCCGGGCCAGUUCUUCUUCAGCAUGAACCCCCUGUGGGGAGGCAACAUGACGCUCGCUCAAUUCCAACCUCUUAUCCAGCCCUUCUUGGACGACCUCGCCAAUCUCGGAAUUUCUAUUGAUCCUGUCUGGAACGAAUACCCCAGCUUAUACCAAGCACACUCUGGCACUUUCCCCCCAGAGAACGUGGGAGGGGCUGACAACCGCGCCGCAUCUCGGCUCUUCCCAAAAGACAACUUCAUCAACCCAACCAAGAGGAACGAAACGAUGGCUGCUGUGCGGUAUGCCGUCGAGGCAGGCGGUAUCUUGAUUGGCUACAACAUCCGUGCUGCCCCCAACUCAGCCGUGAACCAGACCAACAGUGUCAACCCCGCCUGGAGAGAGACAACCGGCUUCUUCAUUCUCGCAGCUGCCUGGCCUGCCGAUGCCAGCCCUGCCGUCAUCCAAGCGCAGAGCAACAUUUUAACGAAUGACUGGAUGGCGAGGUGGAGACAGGUGAGCCCAGGGGCGGGAAGCUACCUGUCCGAGGGUGAUAUCAAUGAGCCGAACUGGCAACAGUCUUUCUACGGCUCGCACUAUCCAAGACUGCUCCAGCUGAAGAAGAAGUAUGAUCCGACCGGCUUGUUCUACGCGCAUACAGCUGUCGGAAGCGAGGACUGGGAGGUAGAAGGACAGCUGCCGGGGCUGCCGACUCAGAACGGGCGCUUGUGCAAAAAGCCUUGA